UGUCGCACUUGGUAUUAUUUUGACAACUUUGACGUAAUGAUUUUCUAGUGGCUUUACUAUCAUAACACCCUUUUUAUAUUUAUUAAUCAGUGUUAGAUUUAUUUUAAAAUUAACACGAUCUGCCAAGUCGUGUGAUAUGCAAAUUCUAAGUUGAAAUGGGCGACAGCUUAAAGUUAACUAAAGAUAAGCAUCACAGAAGCUCGAGCAGUCUCUCUGGAGUUGUGUUGGACGGAACCCGUUCUGAAAGAAAACUAGAUAUCAGGGUUUCGAUACCAGAAGUUGAUGACCAGUUCGCUGUAGCCGAGGCGCGAUGCGACGAUUUGCAGGAAAAAAUCGAUUUAGUAAAAUUGUUAAAAAGGAAAAGGAAACAAAAGAAACGAAGCACGACGCGAUUGAUUGAUGCACCAGUUUAUGUAGAAACAACUCCUGUCACAAACAUUCGAACACAACCUAAAAAAAUCUUGAUGGUUACAGAGGUGUCCCAGCAAUCGGAGAGGUUCAGACGGCUGGAGAUCCCACAGAAUCCGACCCGAGGGUAUCUGGACCCCGCCACUGUGGAACAGCACCGUAUGAUUGGCCAGAUACACGGCCACCACAGGCCUUACACUCCUCGACAGGAACAUACUAUGAUAAAACAAUGUGUAACAGAUCAGAAAUCAGCUGGAUUACCGCGGCCGCGCUGUACCCGCCCUGAUGGCGACUAUAGGAAUGUCCGAAAAAGCACUUGCGGUCAGGGCGUGCAAAUUAGCUACGACGUACCUCUUGAAGUGGCCUGCGGGGACGAUGACGUCGCUGACUAUUCGGAUAAUGACAUAUUUGAUCAUCAGAACGAUGAAUUCAAUUCGUUUGAUUUUGAUAAGAAACCGAUUGAUACUCAGCGUAAACAAGUUAAAUCAGCAAACAUUGCUCAUCGGAGACAAGUACUUCGAGCAACAAAAGACGGCACUAAACGGGGAAAUGAGAAGGAAACUGACUACUCCCGAGAAGCUUGGAGGAAAGCGUCUUCGCCUGUUCCACGCCGUAGACAAAAACAGAAUUGUUCAAUAGAAAAUAAUGCUCCAACACCUGUGCUAGAAGAGAGGCCUGUGGUAGAAUUAUUUAACAAAGCCGGUAAUCAAACGAAUCCAACUUUAGACGUUCGGCUAGAAUCCGCACCUACUGUCAAGAAGAACAGACGAGCGCGGGAACUUCAAUCUUACGAAGAUCAGUCUACUGGUCCUUUGGGAGAUGUGAUUUCAGCACCGACGAAAAAGACACAAGACUACCGACAUCCCAAGUGUAAAGUACCGAAAGUAGUAAAGUACCGAAGCCGGCGAUACGAGUUGCCGACUGUCGCCUCGCAAAUGAAACAGGCCGGUAUGAGAUACUACUACGGGAACUCGAAUCACACCAAUAUACCGUUCGUUGUGAGUAAGAGUACAGCGCCCUCACACAACAUUGGUGUCAAUAUACAACAGGUCUUAAACGGUCUAAAAAUACAGCAACCCUUGUCUGGUAUACCAUUGACGAUAGCUCACCACAUGGGACUGGGUCAUGUUCCCACGCAUGGUACGAAGAGUGCAACAUUGCAACCGUCUCUGGACAAUCGGGAGAUGAAUGCCAUCAAGCUUGGUGGACGUUUGCUCCGAUUGCCGUCAUACAAGUACAUAUCGUACAACCGGCUACUUACGCUGUACCGCGAGGGCGACGGGAUGGUACCUAGGUUCCUGCGCGCGAUAUCCCGGCCGCACUACUUCUACACUUCCAUGUACAACAGUCUCACUAUAAAUCGGGAAGAUCUCGACGGAGCGACAUCGAAAGGCCGUAGCGGCAGUCAAGAGGCCAAACAGAGUCUCGCGGAGUACGCCGCUCUGUAUCAAGAGUAUGAACGUAUAGAAAAGUGCAUAAAAGAAGGAAAUUGCGAACCGGGGUUGGAGCAACGCAAGGAAGAACUCUCUCGAGAGUUGGCUACUCGCGAGGAACAUAUCCGAAGAGUGGUGCAAGAAUAUAGGUCAUCUGCAGAAUUUGACCAAUCAAUGCUGAGAGCAUCCGCGUCCACAGCCGAGGAUGGAUAUCGAAAUUCCACUUUCAAACUGAACCUAGGUGAACGGCAACAGUAGAGACGAAGAUCUACGCUACCGUCACAAGAAAUACUCAAAAAUCAAACCAACAAAUCGAAUUUGGACGCUCAAAAUUAUCGUUCACACGGUUUGCUUUGCUUUUGAACGCCUUCUAAAUACAAAUCGUCGCCUUUCAUUAUUCUGUUAGACUUAGCUUAAUAAGGAAAUGUAGUCUACUAGUCUACCAGAUACUGGACUUCUUUCCAGUAGGAUAUUAUCACUAUGAUAAUUCAAAGCGCUCUUUUAGUGGGAACGGCACGAAUUAUCGUCUAUAGGUACCGCAGACCCCUUGCCGGGUCAAUAUUUGGCUAACUUUGAGAAUCGUUGCGUCUCUUCAUUGGUAUAAAUUGCUAAUGUUUGUCCAAUGUGAAUGUUGAUGGUAAUAUAAAGAGUUUGAAUACAAUAUGCCGAUAUUUUAUUUCAAAUUUUUAAUAAUGACACAAACUGGUGAUAUACGAAUGAUUUUAUAAUAAACUAUUUACCUAAAGCCUUACUUUCAUUAUUAUGGUUACAAUGGGCCUGUAAAGUGAAUUUUGGUAUUAAGCGUAUUUUACUUAUUACAAGGUAUGACUAGGUCAUUGAAAUAGAGAAAAUACCUGCAUAGCUCACACUUAUUAGUUUUCAACAAAUUAGUCAUCGAUUUUUGGGUGCAGGUAUAGGAUUAAACUGUAUUUCCAUGCUCGGACAAUAUUUUUCCAGAUAUGCAAAUGUUUUCAAAAUGUAAAUAUUUUCAAUUGACCUUAAGCUGCUUACAAGCGGAAGUGUAGAAAACUGUAUUAAAUACUUUUCUCCACUUCCGGUUAAUUACAUAUCUAUAUUUUUAUAGUAUUUAGUGUAUAACAA